CUGGCCGGCCGUGUGCGUUUACCAUAAGCCAGACAACCACCCCUCUAUUCUUUUCCUCGCCUGGUAUAUAUUGAGACAUAAUUAUGUCUGCUGACGAAAAGGGUGACGCGGAUGGCGAGGAUAACGAAGAGGAGCUCCUACUACCCCCCAAUCUAAUUUGGAAGUUGGCAUUGCUUGUUCACAACAGCGGUGUUACUGUCUCAACCAGCAGAGAAGCACAACGCUUUAAAAUUAUUGUUCACCCCCAUGGCAAAGGUGCGCUAGAAGCCUACCAUGUAAAUUUUAGAGACUUUCAGAUAAAGUUGUAUGACCAGACGUACAGACUGCCUGAUCCGUACGAGUACUUUGACCACGUAGGGUCCUAUUUUGUACAGGAGAAUUGCCUUUUGCUCGAAGUUCAUUUUACUUCUGAGGCUCAGAUACGAAGAUGUUUAGAUGGUAUCGAAGGGGCUGGUCUGGUGGAGAAAGUCAAUAAUGCAUUAAGGGCGUUAAUUGGAGCAAGGCAAGCUAUACUUUUUAAGCUGAAGCUGGUCGUUUGCUCCUCUAUUGAUCAAAAGUUUCGUUACGUCAGCCAUGAAAAUGCUAAUUACGCAUAUGAAUUGGUGUACACGCAAAACCCGGCUUUUACGACCGUUCACAUUCGAGAUAAAGAUGCCUAUAGACAAAUCAAAAAUUCUUACGAUGAGCUUCUAAAAUUGUUUCCCGGUUUCUUUGGUGGCACAACAGAGGGAAAUUUAGAGAUUGCCGAAAGCUUAACAGAAAUUUCUGCCUCAGUCGAAUCUAACGUGAGUGCGGAAGACUCUGAUAUAGAUGAUAAAGAGCUUGCCAAAAUAGCAGAAAAGGUUCUCCCCAAGCGAUGGCAGGUUAUUGGGUUGCAUCUAGGUCUUCAUCAGCCUCAGUUGGAUCGGCUCGAGAUUGACAACAAAGGCAAUGUCCUUACCACCAUAAUCAAAAUGUUGGGGGAAGCAAAAACGUGUUUCAAGCCAAGUGAGUUUCGAAAAGUGUUAUCGGUAGCUCUGUAUCAAUCCCAUCAGCACGACUUAGCACUCGCUGUUAAUCCAUCCUUGAAAGUUCAAAAAAUGCCUUCUAAAGUUAGUUACGAAGAGGAGUGUCCAAAGCUUUGCUUGGUCCAUGGUGAAUUACGGUUUUAUGACAAGGGCCUAGCCGAGAAGUUCCUUAGCCAGAUAUUCUGGAGUAACAUGAAGGAUAGAGUUGUCCCACUCAUUGGAGAGAGGUUGACUCCUUAUUCCAUUCAGACAGGGCCAGUCGACUUCGGAAGUCUAAAUAUAAACGUGACACUUCUUAGCUUUACCGGUUGUCUCCGACUUGCUGUUGACAUUUCUAGCAAUGCUUUUGUAUCAGACGUUGAAACAAGCUUGAAGGCAGUGGGCUAUAAGGAGUCUCUUCUAGUAGAUUUUAACAUAAAUGGGGUACACGUCACUCCCGAAAAUUGCUACAGUCUCUAUAUGGAGGCGUUAAAUUCAUCCAUGCUUCAAUUGUAUCAGUCUCUGCCAGUCGCAAGUGGAGAAAAGGGUCAUCGCGCGCAAGGUAAAGUUAAGAAAUUCAGGAGAGUUUUAAACUCUCAAAGUCCGCCAUCUUCGAUAGUUGAGGCCAUAAAAAGAAAUGAUAGCAGUGCAGUAAGCUCUUUUCUUUCCCAAGGAGUCAAACCAAACGAUUGCAUAGACGGUCAUGCUCCACUACACACAGCAUCUGUUUUGGGUAAGCAUGAAAUUGUUGGAAUUCUUGUCGAGAACGGAGCUAUCGUUGACAUUAGAACGGCAACGGAAGAGCAUUAUACACCUUUGCACCUUGCAGCACAUAGUGGGCACUUUGCCACAGUGAAAACGCUAGUUAACCUAGGGGCUGAAGUUGAUUCACGCUCCAGGAAUGGAAGAACACCUCUACGAUUAGCCGCUGCUGAAGGGUAUGCCAAUAUUGCCGAGUUCUUACUCUCAAAGAGUGCAGACCCAAAUGCACAAGACUCGGUUGCUGCGACCCCUCUUCACGCAGCCGCAGGUCUUAAUAGGAAAUCUGCAGUAGAAGUGCUUAUUGAUAGAGGGGCCGACAUCACUAUACCAGAUAACGAGGGGAGCACCCCAAUACACGAGGCAAUUAAGACGGGAGAUAUCGAUCUCCUAAAGUUAGUCCUUUCGCGAAAUCCUUCAGUUGUUAACGAACUCAAUUUUAAAGCCGUUGAACCACCUCUUACUGCAGCCUGCAAGAUGCAAAAUGUAGAAGUUAUCGAGUUUCUGUUGACCGAAGUUCGUGCCCGCUCUGAUAUCGAAAACAAGGAUCACCUGACACCUCUUGCUCUUGCCUGUAUUCUUGAAAACAUGUAA